AUGGUCAAACAUAGGAAGACUGUCCAGUAUAAACAUGCCAACAACGAGUCCAGCAGCAGUUCCGGGGCAAGCGAUACGUCUAUUGCAGGACGUGCAUUUCACUUGUUAUCAGUAUGGAAGACUGGUGCCGGCUUCAUAUGUCUCGCGAUAGCUGUGUACGUGGGCACCCUGGGUUACCUGGAAACGAGGGUCAAUACUCCGCUCGAUGAGGAGAAGGUGGUUCAAGAAACGGGACUGUCGGUCCCAGAGCGUUACUGGGGUACCUAUAGGCCGGGGGUAUACUUUGGAAUGAAGUGCCGGGAGCCUCGUUCUCCAGUUUUCGGAAUGAUGUGGUAUGAACUAGCGGCAGCAGCUCAUAAGGGGAUCAGGCAUUUGUGCGAACAGAAUGAUAACCUGCCAACGUAUGGCUGGCUGCGUCACGAUGGUUUGAACUUCGGUGAGCAGCUGAUAUCAGAUCCGCCCCAUCAGAUACACACAUCCUUCAUCAAGACCCCGGGGGGAGAACACGGUGGACAUUGGACGGCUAGAAUUAAUAUCACAGCAACGGGUAAAUCCGCGCCGCCAUUAGUUCUCAUCUGGUACGCAGCCCUGGACGAGUCUCUGGGCUCGGGAUCUCAUUCCCGUCUCUGGGCGGAGCGUGGCACCCUGAUGGGGCACACCCCCGCCCUGGGGAGAUUCAGGGUGCAUCUGGUGCCGCAUUCUGGUAUACUCAUCCACUCGUCGCUCUCGGAGGCUCAUUCCGCUGGUCUCCACCUCCUCAAGGAGAAGUUCUACUCGCUGCUGAGGAUCGAGGACCAGCCGUACCUUGGAAGGCUGGCUGUGCUGGGGCCGGAUGAAGAGAUUGCUGAUUCGGACAAGGAGGUGAAUUUCGUGCCUAUCCAGAUGUUGGUGGAGACGCCGUUCGUUCUGGACGUGGUGUACACCACCGAGGACCUGCCGACACCGCCUGUCCGGGGAGACGAGUACACCAAAACCAUGGAGAAGCUGAAGAUGGGUUAUGAUGAGGAAUUCGAGAGGAUCUUCAACCUGGAGAAGAAGGGUUAUAGCGCCCAGGAUAUAUCGAUAGCAAGGGCUGCGCUGUCUAACAUGGUGGGGGGUAUGGGGUACUUCUAUGGCGCGAGCAGGGUGCAGUCCAAGUACACCAGGGAACCGGUCCCGUACUGGAGAGCUGCGCUUCAUACGGCUGUACCCAGCAGAUCGUUCUUCCCGCGCGGGUUCCUGUGGGAUGAGGGUUUCCACUUGCUGCUGGUGUCGUGGUGGUCGGCUGACCUGGCCCUGGACGUGGCCGCUCACUGGCUGGACCUCAUCAACGUGGAGGGUUGGAUACCGCGGGAACAGAUACUAGGAGUCGAGGCGUUGGCGAGGGUGCCCAAGGAGUUCGUGGUGCAGCACAAUUCUGCUGCAAACCCUCCAAUGCUGCUGCUGUCUCUGGCCAGGCUGGUGAGGUCCAGGCCGCAUCUGUUCACCGAGACGCCCUACAGACAGACCUUGGACAGAAUGUUCCCCAGGCUGCAGGCGUGGUACCAGUGGUUCCUGACGACCCAGAAGGGAGACGAGCCCACCACGUACAGGUGGCGCGGCCGGGAGGAUGACGGGUUCCAGCUCAACCCGAAGACCUUGACGUCUGGACUCGACGAUUACCCCAGGGCGUCUCAUCCCAGCAGUAUCGAGCGCCACGUGGAUCUCCGCUGCUGGAUGUACGCUGCCGCGGAUGCUAUGGCGGUCAUAGCGCGCGCCCUGGACCGGGAUACUGACAAGUUCGAGGAUAUGAAGGAGCAGCUGGGUAACGAAGACCUGCUGAACGAGUUGCACUGGUCGCCGCACACGCAGACAUACGCCGACUACGGUCUACACACGGACGGCGUGAGGUUCGUCCGCCAGCAGGCCAGGGACCCGCAGGAGGGAGCCAGGGUCGUGAGGAGCGUCACGAUAGCGCCGCAGCCGAGGCUGGUGACGUCCGCAUUCGGGUACGUGUCACUAUUCCCCAUGCUGAUGAAAGUUCUCAAACCCGAGAGCGACAAGCUGGGGAAUAUCCUGGAAAUGCUGGACAAGCCCGACCUGCUGUGGUCUCCGUACGGCCUGAGAUCUCUAUCCAAGCUGUCUCCGCUGUACAUGAAGAGGAACACUGAGCAUGACCCCCCGUACUGGCGGGGUCAAGUGUGGAUCAACAUCAACUACCUGGCCAUAUCAGCCCUCCACCACUACUCGGUCUCCGGGGGACCACACGCUGCGAGGGCGAAGUCCCUGCACCAGAGGCUGAGAGAUAAUGUAGUCAGUAAUAUACUGUCGGAGUACAAAAGAACUGGUUACCUCUGGGAGCAGUACUCGGGUGAGGAUGGCAAGGGCAGUGGGUGUAGACCGUUCACAGGGUGGACGGCGUUGGUCGUGCUGUUGAUGGCUGAUGAGUACUAGAGGACCUCGGGGCCUUAGGGGCCAUCCGACAGCCAUAAGGCCCCCGGAGGACACUUAGAGGGGGCCCGGAGAUAAGGCUUGUGCGUAACACUACUGUGUUGUGGUAUAUUGUGUUAAUUCAUAAGUUUGUAUCAUAUUCUGUAUAUGUUGGUCAUAUGUAGCAAAUUAUAUAUACAUAUAUAUA